AUGAGAAAGGGUCGACCGCAAGGCAAUAUCGCUGCGGUGAGCGCGACUACAGGAGCUAGCUUGGCGGCGUCAGCCUCAAAACGCUUCAGCAACAGCACCGUCUCGUACCUCAGCCACCAGAGCAGCGCAGUCGACUCCAAGAGCUACCAGACUCACGGUGGCCGGUCGUACGCGGUAGGGCCAGAUGAUGUCCUUUACUACGGCAAGGACGGCGCAGAGCCGGAUGACUACCUGCACAACCCUGACGGCAAGAAGGACAGGAACGCAUUCGUCUUCUGCUCCGGCAGAGGCUUUGCUAACAUGACGACAAUGUUCCUGCUGCUCCUCGCCUUAUUGGCCCUCUUUGCCGGCUAUCCCAUCAUCUCGCACUUUACGGGCCUCAAAGAGUCGAAGAUGGGAGGCUUCAAUCUAGGUGGCAGCAAUGGUAGCGGGCAAGUGCCAGAGCUGACAGGCCUCUUCAAGAUGAUCGACGACGAUACGCCGACGGCAGCCAAGACUUGGACCAAUCCCAUAGACGGGUCGUCGUAUCACCUCGUCUUCUCGGACGAAUUCAACCAAGAGGGGCGCACCUUCUGGCCAGGCGACGAUCCUUUCUGGGAGGCGGUCGAUCUUUGGUACGGAGUAACAGGAGACCUGGAGUGGUACUCUCCCGAGGCCGUGAACACCACGGACGGCUAUUUGCAGAUAACCAUGACCGAGGACGCGACGCAUAAUCUCAACUUCCGCAGCGGUAUGGUGCAGUCGUGGAACAAGUUAUGUUUUCAAGGCGGCUACCUGGAAUUUGCGGCAAUCCUUCCCGGCUCACCGAACGCUGCUGGGUAUUGGCCUGGUCUUUGGACGAUGGGGAACUUGGGAAGGCCAGGCUAUCCCGGGUCGACUGAUGGAAUGUGGCCUUACAGCUACGAUUCUUGUGACUCGGGCAUCUUGCCGAAUCAGACGAAUGUUGAGGGCACCGGGCCACCUCUAGUGCUUAACCCUACAAAUGGCAAACGGCAUCUCAGCUAUCUUCCAGGAAUGCGUACGAGUGCCUGCACUUGUGAAGGCGAGGACCAUCCCGGGCCUAAUGUCAAUGUUGGACGCUCGUCGCCAGAGCUGGACGUGCUCGAGGCACAGACUGCGGGGGGCGUGGGCGAGGCGAGUCAGUCACUCCAGACCGCACCAUACGAUGAGUCGUACCAGUGGAAGAAUGGCUCCGGAUAUAUCACCAUCUACGACGAGGAGACUUCCAAGCUUAACAGCUACACGGGAGGCGUAUACCAGGAGGCCGUCUCGUGUCUUUCAAACAUUCCAGCGGACUCAUAUGAGUUGGCUGACGCGCCGCGAGCGGUCACUUAUGGCGUACAGUACAGCCCGGACUGGACGGGGACUGGCCAAGGAUCCGUGACGUGGUUCAUCGAUGGCAAGGCGACGUGGACGGUGCAAGCGUCCGCCAUCGGUCCAGAUGUACAGAUGGACAUUGGCCAACGAUUGAUCCCAGUGGAGCCGAUGGCGAUCAUCAUGAACCUCGGCAUGUCCAACGGCUUCCAAACGAUCCGAUGGCCCUCUAUCACCUUCCCUGCCCGCUUGCGAGUCGACUAUGCUCGCCUCUAUCAGCAAGACGGCCAACCUGACCGCAUUAGCUGCGAUCCGCCGGAUCACCCGACGGCAGACUAUAUCGCUCGCCACCCUGAGCUCUACCUCAACCGCAACCUAACCGUAUUCCCCAGGGACACUUACUCGUGGCCGAAGAACAAGCUGACUGGAUGCUGA